AGGAAUGUAUAAGUUAGCUAGAUUGUUGUUAUAACUGACAUAUCAUCUCAACAACUGGAAAACAGAGACGACAAGCCUUCGAUAUUUAUUUGAUCUGAACUAAAGCAAAGAAACGACUUGUUCGCGACUCCACUCGAAUUUUAGCGGAAUUCACUCAACUCGUGCAAGCACACGCAAUCAAACGCUAUAAAACCAUUGAUUGUGCACUGAACCGUAGAUUUUUUCGUUUAUAUAUAUAGCUAACAAAAGGCGCGAUGAAUAGCAUUGGUGAAGUCAGUUCAGGCGGAGAGUUCUACGACGACGAAGAGAUGCCGGCUACCGAAAGGGAACUGGCGGAAGAUGCUCCUUGGAAGCAAAUCCAGAAGAAUACUUUUACCAGGUGGUGUAACGAGCAUCUGAAAUGUGUCAACAAGCGUUUGGGAAGCUUGGAGACGGAUUUAUCCGAUGGUUUGAGGCUGAUUAGCCUCCUGGAAGUACUAUCCCAGAAAAGAAUGGAUAAGUACAACAAGAGGCCUAAUUUCAGGCAAAUGAAGCUGGAAAACGUUUCCGUGGCGUUGAAAUUUUUGGAAAGAGAGAGAAUCAAGCUUGUUAGCAUUGACAGCAAAGCUAUCGUUGACGGAAAUUUGAAACUUAUACUGGGAUUGAUAUGGACGCUUAUUUUGCAUUAUUCCAUUUCAAUGCCGAUGUGGGACGAGGACGAAGGCCAGGUCGAAAAAACCAAAGCUACUCCAAAGCAGAGACUUUUGGGAUGGAUUCAAAACAAAGUCCCUCAAAUGCCAAUCACCAAUUUCAACAAAGAUUGGCAAGAUGGCCGUGCUCUUGGAGCUUUGGUUGACAAUUGUGCUCCAGGCCUCUGUCCUGAUUGGGAAGAUUGGGUCCCGGAAGAGGCGGAAAAGAACGCUACAGAGGCGAUAAAAUUAGCCGAUGACUGGCUCGGUGUACCCCCGGUUAUCGCACCGGAAGAAAUCACCAACCCGAAUGUGGACGAACACAGUGUUAUGACAUAUUUGUCUCAAUUCCCCAAAGCACAACUAAAACCCGGUGCGCCAUUGCGCCCAAGAACGAAUGCCAAACGUGCACGUGCUUACGGAAAAGGUGUGGAACCCCAUGGUUUGAAAGUUGGUGCACCCGCACCUUUCACAGUAGAAACUGUAGGAGCAGGAAACGGAGCUGUAUUGGUUUAUUUGACUGAUCCAGAAGGACACGAGACGGAAUUGCGCUCGACUCCAAACAAUGAUAAAUUGAAAACAUUUUCCGUUGUUUACCAUCCCAUGGUACCGGGAGAAUAUAAGGUUACUGUACUUUUUGCUGGCCAAGACAUUCACAAAAGUCCAUUUUUGGUAAAUGUCGACGAUACACCAGUCGACUCAAGCAAGGUGCAUGCCAAAGGACCUGGACUGCAAAAUGGAAAUAUUGUAGGAAAGGAAACGUAUUUCGACGUUUUCACAGAAGGCGCCGGAAUCGGAAACGUAGGGGUCAACAUUAUCGAACCUGAGGGGAAACUUCGCCCGGAAAUCUCACAAAUUGAUGAAUAUGUUUACAGGGUGAAAUACACCCCACGGAGUGCAGGAAAUCACGAAAUACACAUCGAUUUUGCCGAUCACCCCAUCCCAAAGAGUCCAUACCAUGUCCAUAUAUCAUUGCCGCUUAAUCCUGGUGCAGUUUGGGUUGAUGGACCUGGAAUCCAACCCGACGGUGUCGUCUUACGACAGAAGACCUAUUUCACCGUACAUACAGAGAAAGCUGGGGAAGGGCAAUUAGCUGUUAAAAUUGUAGGACCCCGUGGAGUUAACGAACCGCUUAACAUCGACGACAACCACGAUGGAACAUACACUUGUCAAUAUCUACCCAGCAAACCAGGGCAAUACGUUGUUUCUAUCACAUACGCAAGCAAACCAGUACCAGACAGUCCAUUCAGGGUGAAUGUAUCAGUACCAGCUGAUCCCAGUAAAGUUAAAGUACGCGGACCUGGUAUUGAAACUGGAAAUGUUGUUGGACAACCCACAUAUUUUGAAGUUAUUGCAACAGAUGCCGGGAAUGGGGAUGUGGAGGCAGUAGUAUAUGAUCCAGAUGGCAACCCAAGAACUGUACAAGUAGACAUUGAAAGUCGUCCUAACAAUGUAUGGAGAUGUACCUACACUCCAAGGGAGAAGGGUCCUCACAAAAUAGAAGUUAAAUUUGCAGGAGAUCAUGUGCCAAAAAGUCCCUUCCGAGUGGAUAUUGUCCCAGCUUCAAAUGCAAGUGCAUGCCGAGCAUAUGGACGUGGAAUACAACCAAAAGGUGUGCGAAUGCGAGAGAAAGCAGAAUUUCAUGUUACAACAAAAGGCGCUGGUGAUGCUGAGCUGCAGAUCCAUGUAAAAGGCCCAAGAGGUCACUCUGAACCUGUCACAGUAAAGAGGAAUCCACAAGAUCCAGAUAUUUAUGAUUGUGAGUACUACCCUCUCAAGAAUGGAGAAUAUACUGUGGAUGUCAACUUUGGUAAUAAACCAAUUCCAAAGAGUCCUUUCAAGGUAGCAGUUGGCAAAGAGGCCGGACCACAGAAAGUUCGUGCUUAUGGACCAGGUCUCCAUGGUGGUAAAGUUGGACAUUCUGCAGAUUUUGUUGUUGAGACGACAGGAAGUGAAGUUGGACAACUUGGAUUUUCAAUUGAAGGACCAUCACAAGCACGUAUUGAAUGUGAUGACAAAGGUGAUGGAUCAUGUGAUGUAAGAUACUUUCCAUUAGAAGCUGGUGAAUAUGCAGUUCAUGUGCUCUGUGAUGAUGAAGACAUCAAACAUUCACCAUUUAUGGCACAAAUUGAACCAGAUGAUCACAAAACCUUCCCAGAUAAGGUGAAAGCUUAUGGACCUGGUUUAGAGGAAAAUGGCCCUGUGGCUGGUCGACCAACAGAAUACACAAUAGAUGCCAGAUCUGCUGGAAGACCUGCUCCAAUCACCAAUUCCAUCGUGACUGCUAAUGGUGAUGAAGUGCCGGUAGAUGUGCAAGAUAAUGGAGAUGGCACAUACACAUGCAGAUACACUCCUCGUGCUGCACAAAAACACACAAUCAUACCUACUUAUGAUGGUAUUGCAGUGAAAAAUAGUCCUUUCAGAGUUUUGGUGCAAGAAGAUUCCCACCCAGAUCGUGUGAGUGUUUAUGGACCAGGAGUUAAACCUGGAUUGAAAGCAGAAGAGCCAACUUAUUUCACUGUUGAUUGCAGUAAAGCUGGAUCUGGUGACAUCAGUAUUGGAUUGAAAUGCACACCAGGACUUACUCCAUCACAACCUGAAUCCGACAUCGCUUUUGAUAUAAUCAAAAACGAUAAUGAUACUUUUACUGUGAAAUAUACACCACCAGUUGCAGGUAAAUACACAAUCAUGGUGUUGUUCGCUGAUGUUGAAAUCCCAGAUAGCCCAAUCAAUGUGCAAGUUGCAUCAAAUCAUAAUGCAAGAAAAGUACGAGCAGAUGGACCUGGAUUGGAAAAAGAUGGUGUUGAAAGUGGAAAACCAACCCAUUUCACAAUUCAUACUAGAGGUGCAGGAAAAGCCAAACCAGAUGUUAAAUUCAGGCCCAAAAACCAACAUGCUGUCGCAGCAAAACCAGAGAUUAUAGAUAAUGGGGAUUCUACAUAUACUGUAAAAUACACACCGGACGGACAAGGACCAAUGGAUGUCGAGGUAACCUAUGGAGGAGAUGAAAUUGCAAAAAGUCCUUUCCAUGUCAAUGUUGCUCCAGAACUUGAUGUUGGACAAGUACGCGUCAAGGGUCUUCCAGAACAAAUUGAGGUUGGCAGACCUGAAAGUUUCACUGUUGAAACUGAUGGUGCAGGCGGAAAGGGAAUUUUGGAUGUCGCCAUGGUUGGACCAGACAAGAGGCCUGUACCAGUCAGAGUGAGAAACUCUCCAGAUGAAUCGAAAUGCACUUUUACUCCCAAAGAAGAAGGUCCACAUCGCCUUGAUGUAACUUAUGACGGUGAACCUGUCCCAGGAAGCCCGUUUGUUGUUGAGGCUCUCAAACCUGCAGAUGCAGGCAAAGUGAAAGCUUAUGGACCUGGAUUGAAACAUGGAAUUGUGGAUCAACCUGCACAAUUUACAAUUGAUACUACAGAGGCUGGAAAUGGUGCCCUUGGUUUGACUGUGGAAGGACCUUCAAAAUCAAAGAUUGAAUGCGUGGAUAAUGGUGAUGGAACCUGUUCAGUAUCUUACUUACCACUAGAAGCUGGUGAUUAUAAAAUCAAUGUGUUAUUUGCUGAAGAACAUAUUCCAGGAUCACCAUUUAAAGCCGAAAUUGAGCCGGCUUUCGAUUCAUCAAAAGUGCGAGCAAAAGGCAAAGGGCUCGAAAACGGCAAAGUUGGCAAGAAAUCUGCUUUUGUCGUGGAUGCAUCUGAUGCUGGUGAAGCCCCUGUUGAAGUGCAGGUUGUUAAUGAAGAUGGAUCCAAAGUUCCUGGUGUCAGAGUUCACGAUAAUGGAGAUGGAACUCAUGAUGUAUCAUUUGUGCCAAAUAAACCUGGUGAUGCAACCGUGGCUGUUAAAUAUGGAGGUGAUGACAUUCCAGGAACUCCCAAGAAGGUUCAUAUCACACCCGAUAUCGAUACCAGCAGCGUUAAGACUUAUGGACCUGGAGUUGAAAAUUCAGGAGUUUUGACUGAUGUUGACACCAGUUUCACUGUUGAUGCUAAACGACUUGCUCCGAGAGGUGGAGAUCAUAUUAAUGCUAAGGCUGUUAUGCCAUCUGGUGAAACAUUACCUAUUGAUGUAACAGAUAAUGGUGAUGGAACUUAUGAAGCUAAAUAUUGUCCAUUUGAACAAGGUCCCUGUGAAAUCCUGGUCGACUAUGAUGGUUGUGAAGUACCUGGGUCACCCUUCCCUGUUAAUGUUGAAGAAGGCUGUGAUGCCAGUAAAGUCAAGGCAUAUGGUCCUGGAUUGAUAAGUGGAACCACUGAAGAACCUGCCAAGUUUACUGUGGAUACAAGAGGAGCUGGAACUGGUGGCCUUGCAUUGGAAGUUGAAGGACCAUCUGAUGCCAAAGUCACUUGCACCGAUGGUAAAGAUGGGACAUGUCAAGUUGAAUAUUUGCCAACAGAAGCUGGACAAUAUGAAGUCAAUAUUACAUAUGGUGGUGAUGCUAUUCCUGGAUGUCCAUUUGUUGUUCCAAUUAAAGAUAAGGUUGAUCCUACAAAGGUUGUCUGCACUGGUCCUGGACUAUCACCAGGGGUUAGGAAGAACAUUCCUCAAGAAUUUCUUAUUGAUGCAAGCAAGGCUGGAAUUGCCCCCGUGGAAGCAACAGCAAAAGGACCGAGAGGUGUGAGAGAUCCAAUUAAUGUUAUUGAUAAUGGGGAUGGAACACACACUGCAAGAUACACACCAACUGCAGAAGGUCUUUACCAAGUGAAUGUACAAUAUGCAGGGGAAGAUGUACCACAUAUGCCACAACGUGUGAGAGUGCUUCCAACACAUGAUGCAAGCAAGGUGAAUUGCUCUGGUCCUGGAUUGGAAUCGACUGUACCGGCAUCAAUGCCUGUGGAGUUCAUGAUCGAUGCGAAAGAGGCUGGUGAUGGAAUACUUGCUGUUCAAAUCACGGAUCCAGAAGGUUACCCGAAAAAAGCUAAAAUUGUUGACAACAACGAUGGAACUUACAAUGUAUCUUAUGUACCGGACAUGACUGGCAGAUACACAAUAUCUGUCAAAUAUGGAGGUGAUGAAGUGCCAUAUUCUCCAUACAGAAUUCGUGCUACUCCAAUGGGUGAAGCAGGCAAAUGUGUGAUAUCAGGUGAUGGACUUGGCCCAACAGUUCCAGUUGGCAAGGAGGCAGUUAUAUCUGUUGAUGCAAGCAAAGCUGGUCCUGGUAAAGUGAAUUGUUCGAUCAAUACACCUGAUGAUGGAUUGUUAGAUGUUGAAGUGGUUGAAAACAAGGAUAAAACUUUCGAUGUGUUUUACACACCACCCAAGCCUGGACCAUACGCCAUCAACUUGCGCUUCGGUGGAGAAAAUAUUCCAGACAGUCCUUUCAGUGUUAAGGCGGUUGAUGAGCCUGAAGAACAACAACGCAUGAUUGAGGAAGAUAGGAUUGAAGCAGUAGAUGCUGCACCAGCUCAUGCAUACAUGAAUGGAAAUGGUUUAGAUGCUUUAGAGCAGGCAUUGGAUGAAAGCGAUAUAUUACGAGGAGUAGACUUUGUGUUCGAAGUACCACAGACUCCAGGAGAAUUAACAAGUGUUGUUCGAAUGCCAUCCGGUAAAACAUCUGAACCGAAAAUUAUUGAUAAUGGAGAUGGAACUGUGUCUAUAAGCUAUCUACCAACGGAAUCAGGUCUUCAUGAGAUGGACAUUUUGUUCAACAAAGAACACAUACCAGGAAGUCCAGUACAAUUCUAUGUUGAUGCUAUUGCACCAGGACAUGUAACUGCUCAUGGUCCAGGACUUGUAACAGGAAGAGUCAACAAGCCUGCAAAUUUCACAAUUGUAACAAAAGAUGCUGGACAAGGUGGAUUGGCACUUGCUGUUGAAGGUCCUUCUAAGGCAGAAAUCAAAUGUGUAGAUAACAAAGACGGAACUUGCUCAGUCUCUUAUGUACCAACUGCUCCCGGUGAAUACAGCAUUGCUGUUAUUGACGAUGAACACAUUCGUGGAAGUCCAUUUACCGCUAAUAUCACAGAUGGUACAAAACCACACUCUGGAAAAGUUGUUUAUGGUGCUAUGAGUGACAUUGCAUUGAAGAUUAACGAAACGGAUUUGAGCCUUCUCACCGCAAGUAUCAUAUCACCAAGUGGUAGAGAGGAAGAUUGUCAACUCAAACACAUGCCUAACGGGCAUAUUGGAAUUUCUUUCACACCUCAUGAAGUUGGUGAACAUUUGGUUCAUGUGAAGAAACGAGGUAGAGAUGUCGCCAAUAGUCCUUUCAGAAUUAUGGUCGGAAAAUCUGAAAUUGGUGAUGCAAGCAAAGUACUCGUAAUGGGUAGUGGAAUUGAGAGAGCAAGAUCUCACGAAUUAGCUGAAUUCUUUGUUGAUACUCGACAAGCAGGAUAUGGAGGAUUGGGUUUGUCUAUUGAAGGUCCAAGUAAAGUAGAUAUAGAUUGUCAAUGAUCAGAAGAUGGAGUUUGCAGAGUUACCUACACACCACAAGAACCAGGAAACUACAGUAUCAAUGUCAAAUUUGCUGAAAGUCAUGUGCCAGGAUCACCAUUUACCGUCAGAUGUACAGGAACACACUCGGAAAGUAUUGUUAGACACAGGAAAGCACCAUCUAUUGCAACUGUGGGCAGUUCAUGUGAUCUCAACUUAAAAAUACCAAACAACUACUGGCAAAGUGCUUCAUCUGGAACUGUGGCUGUGGGGAGUUCAUCGUCUGCGUACCGACAAUCUUAUAGUAGAUCUGAACAUACAAGUUAUACAAAGUCUAGUGUAGGUAGCCUCGGUCAACAAACGGUCAUGCAGGAAUCGAGGUCAUAUGGAGCAGAAGACGGGCAGGGUAAAAAAGCAUCAUCCUUCGUUCCUGUCUUUAGUCAUCGGUCUGAUUUUGGUACUUUUCAACACACUGGAAAAUUGAAAGAAGCCAAUAUUCGUGACUUGACUGCGACAGUAGAAAAUCCAUCAGGAGAAGUAGAAAAGGCUCAAAUAUUUGAAAGUGGAGAUAACACAUACAGUAUUCGAUUCAUCCCCAAGGAAAUGGGAGUCCAUACAGUCAGUGUUAAGUAUCUUGAUGAACAUGUACCAGGAAGUCCAUUCCAAUUUACAGUUGGUCCUCUUGGAGCUGGUGGAGCUGGCAAAGUCACAGCCGGUGGUCCUGGAUUGGAAUCUGCACAAGUUAAUAUACCAGCUGACUUUAACAUCUGGACUCGUGAAGCUGGUGGGGGAUUAUCCAUUGCAGUUGAAGGUCCUUCGAAAGCAGAAAUCAAUUUUGAAGAUCGUAAAGAUGGAUCAUGUGGUGUUUCAUACAUCGCUACUGAACCUGGUGAUUAUGAGGUAUCUGUGAAAUUCAAUGAUGAACAUAUUCCUGGAAGUCCGUUCCCCGUUGAAGUAAAAGGUGUCGGUAGUGCACCUACGUCUCCCAGAAUGAAGUCUGAUGCAACACAAGUCAAUUCAUAUGGAAAAGGAUUGAGACGAGGUAUAAUCGGAGACAACAAUACAUUUACUGUCGAUUGUUCUUUAGCUGGCUCAAAUAUGCUGUUGGUCGGAGUGCAUGGACCACUUACACCAUGCGAAGAAGUCUAUGUGAAACAUAUCGGAAAUCGACGCUACACAGUCACAUACACUGCAAAAGAACCUGGCGAAUAUACAUUAAUUGUGAAAUGGGGCGAGGAGCACAUACCAGGAAGCCCCUUCCAUGUGAAAAUUUCGUGAAACAUUACAUUAAGGAAUUUUCCCAAUUUUCUUUAUGGCUAGCUAUUGGUCUAGACUUUUAUCGUCAGAUCACGCCCGAUUAUGUGUCUUUUCUCUAUAAUGAAUCAUGCUUGGCAACACAUGAUCAUUACAUAAAGUGAGGUGGUAUAUGCUGUUUGGUGUCUUUGCACAAUAAAAGAUUUUACAACUCUAGAACUUAGAAUCAUUUUGAUAUUUUUAGACCUUCAAGGUUUGUGGGCAGCUUACAAUAAAAAAGUUUCGUAUGAAACUAAAUUGGUAAACGCCCAUUCGGUAUUCCGUUCCCAGUCAUCCUGAAAUAUUUGGGAACCACCUACUCUUGGCGAAUUAGAAAAUUAUCUCUGUCAGUUUUAAAUAUAUCCACUUGCUGAGCUAAUAUGAUAUUUCUAAAUUUAUCAACCUUUUUUUGUCAGUUGACUUUUUGAUCCCAGAACACGCAAAUCAAUUUUAUGUUCCCAAAUAUACAGCGCUACAAUAUAUUGGAAAAAUAUACGGCUAAGAGUUUAUAUUUGUAUAUAUUUAUAUAUUUUGCGAAUCAAGUGAAUUUUUUGAAAUUGGUUAACCUAUACAUAUUAUAAUAGGAAAAUAAGUAUACUUUUCCUGCUUUUGUGAUCAAAAAUAGUACAUUUAAUUAUCUAUCUUGAUGAAAAAUCACUCAUUUCUCGUAACAAAAAUUGUAAUGUGACGUCAUAAUAAUAAAUUUGAUACAAAAAAAAAAUCAUCUUUCUCAUUUCAUGACAUGUUUUUCUAUCUUUUGUGUUGUAUUUGGUGUGAUUCCUGUUUAUUAAUUAUUGGUCAUCGUCUGUAACGUGCUUCAUUACAUCAUCCAUGUCAUAGUUUUACUAUUUUCGUUUGUCGAAUCGGUCGCUAUUACAAAAAUUUGCUUUGUAUAUUACAAUCCGUCUAUCCUUUUUGAACAUUAUAUCAGUGCUUCGCUCUAACACACUAAUGUCUUGCAUGAUAUAAUCCAGCGCAGAAAAAUACAUAUAGUGUGACGUAUAUAUUA